AUGAAUGACGCCGAACGUACCGACGAGCAGCGCCGGCGCGUGGCCGGCUGGACGCCGGUGGUCAAGACUCUGGGUGAUCAGCGCCUUCGCGUCGCCAUCGUCGGCCGCAUGAACAGCGGCAAGUCCUCGCUGUUCAACCUGCUCUGUCAGGACCCCACGAUGCCGGCAAAGAAGAGCAUUGUAAAGGACUUCAACGGCAUCACGCGCGACUGCGUGGAGGCGCACGCAGUGCUAGACGACCUGCACUUCACCGUCAUCGACACCCCAGGCCUCGUUGGUGGCAAGCUUGUCGAGGAGGCGUUCCGCACCGUUGAGACGGCCGACGCCGCGAUCUUCGUCACCGCUGUGGACGAGGACGUAUCUGCGGAGGAGCACGACCUGAUCCAGUACCUGGCAGCCAAGAAGAUGCCAACGUGCCUGUUGGUCAACAAGAUGGACCUCGUGCCCGGGGAGGAGGAGGCUCUCGUACUGGACAUCUACAACCGCCUCGGCCUUGGCAAAGCUGUCCCAUUUUCGGCCCGCAAGCGGGAGGGGCUCGAUAUGCUGGCGGCCUUGCUCGAACCGCUCUACCACAUUCACGCGAUGCGCAAGGUGGAGAACGACUGGGAUAUCGAGGAUCUCGCCAUGGGCGGUGACGAGGCGGCCAUGGAGGAGAUUCGCGAUCGCAACUGCACUGGCCGGUACAUCCGCGUGGCCAUCGUCGGUCGCACGAACAGCGGCAAGACGAGCCUCGUGAACCGCCUUGUCGGCUACGAGCGGAACCGCGCCGCUGAUGAGUCGAACACGACCCGCGACCCCAUCGAAAUCGCAUGCACGUACAAGGGGAGGAAGCUGAAGUUGAUUGACACCGCCGGGUUGGCGCGCCAGCGGUACCGCACGGACCGUGAGUUUCUCAGCCGCAUCCAUAGCCUCUCGCUGAACGAGAUUCGCUACGCGCACGUGGUUGUUGUGGUGUUUGACGCUACCGAGGGCCACCCGAACAAGUACGACAUGUCUGUCCUGCACAAGGUCGCCCAGGAGGGCCGCCCGUUCGUGCUGUGCGCGAACAAGUGGGACGCGGUGCUCGACCAAAGCGCUACCGCCGAGGCUAUCGACUUCAAGAUCAAGCGGCAGGUGCAGGAAGUGAAGUACAGCAACGCGGUGGUCGUCUCUGCGCACACUGGCAUGAACCUGACCUUGCUCAUGGACCAGGUGCUGGAGCUGUACGACACGUGGAACAAGCGCGUGCGGCGCUCGGAGCUGACCAAGUUCUGGCGCAAGCUAGAGAGGUCCGUGAUCAUUCCGUACCACGUGGCACGGGUUGGACGCAUUACGCAGAUCAGCACCCGUCCGCCCACCUUCCUCUUGCAGCUGCAGACAAAGACGGAGGAGAGUCAGCUGCCCAAGGCACUGCAGGAGAUGAUGAAGAACGCGAUCACCGAGGAAUUCGGCUUCCGCGGCGUGCCACUGCGGCUCGUGCAGGAGGUGAAGGACUCGAACCCAGACUACAUCUAA